AUGUCAGUGGGCUGUGCCUGUCCUGGUUGUUCCUCAAAGUCAUUCAAGCUGUACUCACCGAAGGAGCCCCCGAACGGCAACGCCUUCCCUCCCUUCCAUCCCGGCACCAUGCUAGAUCGGGAUGUGGGCCCAACUCCCAUGUACCCGCCUACAUACCUGGAGCCUGGGAUUGGAAGGCACACACCAUAUGGCAACCAAACUGACUACAGAAUAUUCGAGCUUAACAAACGGCUUCAAAACUGGACAGAGGAGUGUGACAAUCUCUGGUGGGAUGCUUUCACAACUGAGUUCUUUGAGGAUGAUGCCAUGCUAACCAUCACUUUCUGUCUGGAGGAUGGACCAAAGAGAUACACCAUUGGCCGGACCCUGAUCCCACGCUACUUCCGCAGCAUCUUUGAGGGUGGUGCUACCGAGCUGUACUAUGUGCUUAAGCACCCCAAGGAGGCAUUCCACAGCAACUUUGUGUCCCUCGACUGUGACCAGGGCAGCAUGGUGACCCAGCACGGCAAACCCAUGUUCACCCAGGUGUGUGUGGAGGGGCGGUUGUACCUGGAGUUCAUGUUUGAUGACAUGAUGCGGAUAAAGACGUGGCACUUCAGCAUCCGGCAGCACCGGGAGCUCAUCCCCCGCAGCAUCCUUGCCAUGCAUGCCCAGGACCCCCAGAUGUUGGAUCAGCUCUCCAAAAAUAUCACACGCUGUGGGCUGUCCAAUUCCACUCUCAACUACCUCCGACUCUGUGUGAUACUUGAGCCCAUGCAGGAGCUCAUGUCCCGCCACAAGACCUACAGCCUCAGCCCUCGCGACUGCCUCAAGACCUGCCUUUUCCAGAAGUGGCAGCGUAUGGUAGCACCCCCCGCGGAGCCCGCCCGGCAGCAGCCCAGCAAACGGCGGAAACGGAAGAUGUCAGGGGGCAGCACCAUGAGCUCGGGGGGUGGCAACACCAACAACAGCAACAGCAAGAAGAAAAGCCCAGCCAGCACCUUCGCCCUCUCCAGCCAGGUACCUGAUGUGAUGGUGGUGGGGGAGCCCACCCUGAUGGGCGGGGAGUUCGGGGACGAGGACGAGAGGCUCAUCACCCGGCUGGAGAAUACCCAGUUUGACGCGGCCAACGGCAUUGACGACGAGGACAGCUUUAACAACUCCCCUGCCCUGGGCGCCAACAGCCCCUGGAACAGCAAGCCUCCCUCCAGCCAAGAGAGCAAAUCGGAGAACCCCACGUCACAAGCCUCCCAGUAA